GUGGUCUCAGUUUAAAGGCUAUUUUAUUUUCAAACUGGAGAAAGUAAUGGAUGAUUUCAGAACCUCGGCUCCUGAACCAAGAGGGCCCCCCAAUCCAAAUGUGGAAUAUAUUCCCUUUGAAGAGAUGAAAGAAAGAAUCCUGAAAAUUGUUACUGGAUUUAACGGCAUCCCCUUCACUAUUCAGCGACUCUGUGAGUUGCUGACAGAUCCUAGGAGGAAUUACACAGGAACAGACAAAUUUCUAAGAGGCGUGGAAAAGAAUGUCAUGGUUGUCAGCUGCGUCUAUCCAUCCUCAGAGAAAAAUAAUUCCAAUAGUUUAAAUCGGAUGAAUGGUGUUAUGUUCCCAGGAAAUUCACCAGGGUACUCUGACAGAUCUAAUGUAAAUGGACCUGGAACUCCCAGACCAGUAAAUCGACCGAAGGUUUCUUUGUCAACCCCUAUGACAACAAACGGUUUGCCAGACAGCACGGAACACAAAGAAUCGAGCUUGCAGCAAACAGAAGACAAAAAACACAGUGAAUCACCAGCAUCUGAAUCGGAGGGUGCUCAGAGCAGCCCGGUAAAAAAUAAGCACUCUGAAGAUGAUCCUGCAGAAGCAGAAGGACAUGAGGUAAAAAGACUUAAAUUUGACAAGGAAGGGGAAGCCAGAGAUGCACCUAACCAAACCGCCUCCAGUGAAGCCUCUUCAGGUGUGGGGGAAGAGACAGAAGCAUCCUCUACAUCUCAGGAUAAAGAAAAAGAGGCUACUUGUGCCAGACAGCAGUGUACAGAGGAAGAGGAGGAAGAGUCCUUCCUGUCUCCCAGAAACGUUGGUCUGGACAGAAAAGAUGAAGGCAAAGACACUGAAUCCCCCACUGCGAAGGAAGAGGCAUGUGAGGAGAGCCAUCAGAUGGAGGAGUCGGAUCCAUCGCAAGCGGGGAAGGAUUUACACUCGGAUGACAGUGCAAGUGGUGGAUCUGCCCGAAGCGGAGCUGACUGCAGCGAGACGGAAGAGUUAGGGUCCUGUGCUAGUGCAACUCCAGAGAGUUCAUCAGAGACCCCUAUGGAAAACAGCGAUGAAGCAACAGAGGUUGCAGAUGAACCCAUGGAGCAAGACUAAUUUAAAUACUUAGAUGCAGUAUUUUCCAUAAGGCUCUGGUUUUACACUGUAUAAAUAAUUUUAUGUAAUAAAGUGGACCUUUAGUUUUACAAAAAGAAGCAGGUUGUAAAAUAAACUUCUCCAUGGAUUGAACCUUGAAAGAGUUGUACAUGAUAAGAACUGUGAAUACCAGCUCCUUCAGGUCCUGCUUACCGCUGAACUUACGUUUGGUCGAAUCAGUGGUUUGUGUAUAGUUUUUUUUAUUUAGAAUAAAAGUUUUUAAACUGGAAGGUAAUUAUAAUUUUGACAACUUUUUUGGAGAUUACCACACCUAGUUGUACGUAACCAAGAAAGCUUUUUGUCAUGUCUUUUUCUGACAGCUCUAGCAGUUCCUUCAUCUUUUGGUUACAGUUCCAGCAUUUGACAUGCGAAAUAGGGGGUUUCGUGCUGGUUUCCAGAUUUUUAUUUGAAUACACACUAUGGAACCUUACGUUGUGCGUUUAAAACGUGUUACACUUCACACACAUGUCUGCACGCAUGCACACCUACGCGUACCCUCGCUGUUCUGAGGGGGAAAAUGGUAUAUUUUUCUGUUUCUAUAGAAGACGAAUACAGCAAAUACUUUUUUUUCUAUAGGAAAAGACUGAGCUCACCUCUCCAGGUGCUUUGUUUUGCCUCUGGAAAACAAAACAAAUGGAAUCUGGCCCAUAUGAAACCCUGGAAAUACUAACAGCGUUGAAAACACCAGAGUAAACACAUUCCAAGAGAACUGUUGAGAUUACAACUUUUUUUGUAUACUUCUGAGGUGCCUGCGUGAAAGGAUUUCAUUUAUUUAUGGGAAAACGUGCUUUCCGUGGAGAACGUUGUAAUCCAACCGUUAGCUUAAACCUUCCGUAGAGGAAACGCUUGAAAAGAUGUUGAGCUCUCUUGGAGGAAAGGAAGCAGGUACCUGCCUUUCUGAGCGCGUCGUGGAGCCUCGUCAGGGCGCUGGGAAGUCUCGGCGCUGCUGCGGCGCGGGCGCCAUCGGUACCACCGCCCCACUGGAGCAGAAGGAAUACAGAUACCACCGUGGUCGCGCGCCCGCGCCCAACAGCCGUGAGGUUUAGGGGUGCAGAGAAACCACCGUGAUUUGUGUAACGUUUUGGAAGUGAACUGAAUAUUUUUGAACGUGCUACUUUUGACAGCCAGUGUUACGUUUUUUUUCCGAACCAGCUCAAAGCACAAACUGCUGCUUUCAACUCUCUAUACUCUCCAGUUCCCACGUUUAGAGACACGCAAGCUGCAACCUCCCGGUCACAAUUACUGGCUGCCAAAUUUAUACCUGUUUCUUCAACUGUACCUUUUUGAUAUUUAGAAUUUUUAAAUUUCUGUAAAGUAGAUUUUUGUAGGUUGUAAUGAGUGCUCACUGCCAUUGUGAAACGGUAUAUACUUGUAUAAUUCCUGUGUGUAAACGGAAUGCUUGGGCUUUCAAUACAGUAUUCAUAUAAAGCAAUAAAUAUCAAUGUUAUGAAA